AGUGGUGGUGAGCAGCAGCAGCAGCAGUAGCAGCAGCACAGCUCACCGUAGUCUCUUUGUAUGCGCAGCAGUGCCCAGCUGCAGCCCAAACCGCUCGCUCUCGCACAAUAAUUAUGAGUAAAAGACGAAAAGUUGGACUUUGACAUGAAAAGGCUCGCUCGCGCCGCGCCACUCCCUAAAAUGAACGAGGAGAGUACAAGUAAGCGCACGAGGAAUCCCUGUGCAUAUUUGGAUGGAUAUUUUGCAUCUUGAAAACAACUCGGGAAGAUCUCUGAAUUGAGUCGAGACAACACUGUGAGGACACAGGGGGCGUCAGAUUUUGCUGACCUUAGCAUCUUUGGACCGUUUCAAUGGGAAGCGCUUUGCAAAUAACGCCUUAAGGGAGUCCCCUUCGCUUUGCCUCCGUUCGUUUCUGUGAGACACGCCGCUGUAUGUCUCCCGUUUGUCCUGAAGGCGCAUACACGGCUGGAUUUAUUCGAGUCCGGCGCAGCAGAUCUGGCGCAGCGGGCGGGAGGAAGACCAGGAUCAUUGCAGUACCUGUAAUGAAUGGCUGCUGAAAGACACCACUGACCCUGGCAACGAGACGUUUUAUUAGUCCUGCCGGUGUCAUGUAAACACAAUCAUUUAGCAAAUGAUUUCUCUGGCGCUUUGGGGACUCUCGAUGCUUGCAGUGAUUCCUGGGUUCUAAUGCAAGAGGGAGGUGAUAACGAGUGAAAGGAAGCCCCAAAUUUCCCUGCUUCUUCCCCACAAAUUUUAGAGGGAACAUCGUCACAUCCUGACCACAAGCUGCAGGUUGCAUUCGUUCACAGCAUGACUGUUGCCACAGGCGACCCAGUCGAUGAAGCCGCAGCUCUCCCGGGUCAGCCACAGGACACGUACGACCCGGAACCAGACCAUGAGUGCUGCGAAAGGGUGGUCAUUAACAUCUCCGGCCUGCGCUUUGAGACGCAGCUCAAAACUCUGUCUCAGUUCCCAGAGACAUUGCUCGGGGACCCCAAAAAGAGAAUGCGCUAUUUUGACCCUCUGAGGAACGAGUACUUUUUUGACAGGAACCGCCCAAGUUUUGAUGCCAUUCUCUAUUACUACCAGUCAGGUGGCAGGUUGCGUAGGCCUGUCAAUGUGACAUUGGAUAUCUUUUCUGAGGAGAUACGUUUUUACGAGCUCGGGGAAGAAGCCAUUGAGAUGUUCAGGGAGGAUGAAGGAUUUAUUAAGGAAGAGGAAAAACUCCUGCCAGAAAAUGAGUUUCAGAGGCAGGUGUGGCUACUCUUCGAGUACCCUGAAAGUUCGGGGCCUGCCCGGAUUAUCGCCAUCAUUUCCGUCAUGGUCAUCCUCAUAUCUAUAGUCAGUUUUUGCCUGGAGACACUUCCGGUUUUUCGCAGCGAGGACAACACGGGAGGGUCCGUGUCCAGCUCCAACUCGACAAAUAGCGAUGCCUCCACCUACUUUACUGACCCUUUCUUCAUCCUGGAGACCCUUUGCAUUAUAUGGUUCUCCUUUGAGUUCCUGGUGCGGUUCUUUGCGUGUCCCAGCAAAGCUGGCUUCUUUGUCAAUAUAAUGAACAUCAUUGAUAUCGUGGCUAUAAUACCUUACUUUAUCACCUUGGGCACAGAGCUAGCAGAGAAGCCAGAGGAUGGCCAGCAAGGGCAGCAAGCCAUGUCGCUUGCCAUUCUGAGGGUCAUCAGAUUAGUACGAGUCUUCAGGAUCUUCAAACUGUCCCGGCACUCGAAAGGGCUCCAGAUUCUCGGGCAAACGCUCAAGGCCAGCAUGAGGGAGCUCGGGCUGCUCAUCUUCUUUCUCUUCAUCGGAGUCAUCCUCUUUUCGAGUGCCGUCUACUUCGCAGAGGCGGACGAGGCGGACUCGCAGUUUAUAAGCAUCCCCGAUGCCUUCUGGUGGGCCGUGGUCUCAAUGACGACAGUAGGGUACGGUGACAUGGUUCCGACUACCAUCGGAGGCAAAAUCGUGGGUUCCCUGUGCGCUAUCGCUGGUGUGCUGACCAUCGCCUUGCCCGUGCCUGUCAUAGUCUCAAACUUCAACUACUUCUACCAUCGAGAGACAGAGGGCGAGGAACAGGCCCAGUACCUUAAUGUGACCAGCGUCCCCAAGAUAGACUCCUCAGAGGACCUGAAAAAGAGCCGCAGCGGGUCAACCAUGAGCAAGUCUGACUACAUGGAAAUCCAAGAAGCUGUGAACAACAGCAACGAGGACUUUCGAGAGGAGAACAUCAAGACCGGCAACUGCACCCUAACCAACACUAACUAUGUUAACAUCACCAAAAUGCUUACAGAUGUAUAACCGCUUUGAACUGCCUUGACGAAGAAGGUGGGAUAAAGUAGGGGAGCGCCAACCCCAGUUUUGAAGGCUUCAGAUGCCUCGUGCAAGACGGGGGAACUGAAAUGGGUCCGUUUGAGCGAAGGAUCAGUACGGAAGACCUGUCCAUCAUUCCAUCCCCAUUCCCUGUCGCAAGUUCUGGAAAACUUGAUUGGUGGGGGACGUUGUUUUGCAUCCUUGUGUUCAGUGUCUGCAUGGAGUUUGUCUUUUCUGUGUGACUGUUCUAGUAGUCGUUCUGCUUGCAACAGUAGCCAAAUCGUAGCCUAACCAAUAGAUACAAGCGUAGCAUAGAGGGACCAAUUCCUGACUCCCAUUCCCCCAUUCACUGCCAACCUGAGGACCCCUUGAGUCUAUUUGUACCUGGGAAGCACAACAAUUUUGUCACUCCAAAUUGAUUAGUGGCUUGGAGGAGUUAACAUAUAUUCGUGAAGAAUCACCAUGGAGGAUGUAUUUCUCGGUGAAUGCACAAACGCUGCCUGUCCUGCCAGCCGCAACAGCGUACCAUGCGCGGUACCUAAAAUGUUACAUUCCAUCUUGUGACGGUGAAAUACAUGCAUGACCAGUCUCGGGGGCCCGGAAAGCCGAUUAAACUGCCCCCUUUCCCUCUUUUGCUGCCAGCGCUCUAGGAUCUCAGUGUGUCCCGUGUUAGAGUAAACAGACCUGAAAGUGGAACGGAGAUUGUUUUGAAGUCGCCCAUUUUUCCAUCGUCGUCAUUCCACUAUACUGCAUGAGCAGCAGCCCUCCAUUGCAUCAUUUCCUCCCGUCACCUACUUUUCCCAGCAUUGCAAACUUCCAAGCAUUCCAUGUGUAUGACAAAUGUCUUUUGUAACGAACAUCUACCCCUGCAAGCGCCUGAUGAGGGGUUGCAGGAGUGUAGAUAUUUUACUGUGACAUUGCAGCCAACAACAGCAAAACACUAUCUCACCAAGUCAGGUCACCAAAGAUGAAGUUCACUGCCGCUCUUUAUUGCAUUUUUAUGUUCUUUUUACAUUUUAGUGCCAUUUCAUGGUGCAUCCUGCUCAUAAUAUGAUGCUGGAGAAUUUGGAUAAAACUUGUAUGCUUCCUUGAAUAGCUUUUGUAAGAGAUAGGAAAUAUUCUACUACUUUUGUGGUGCAUGUCUGGUACACAUUCCUCGUAGCAUGCAUGUAGGAAGAAUGAUACUUACAAAACUAGAAAUAAGUAUUCAUAUCUUUAUCAAUAUAAAUAUUUUUCUCUGUGAGAUUAACGGUACGUGCAAUAUUAUAAAUGCUUGUUUUGUUUUGUUUAUAAGGUUGCAAGAUUUUGCGAAUAGUUUACUAUGUUAGUAGGCUAAUACAUUAGUUAUAGUGUAAUAGCCCACUUUCAGGGUCGAAUACCAUCAAGGUUGUUCAUUUCUUAGUUUAGUUUAAUUAAGCGAGGGAGAGUGAGAUGCACCAAACUAAAACGAGCAUUUCAAAGCACCACAUUUGGAUAUGGGGGAGAUCUAACUUCUCAGUCUCAAUCCCUGAUUCAAUAACAAGGGAUUCUGGUGAUUUUAUCCCAUUAAAUGUUGGUACACUUGACAUGUCUAGUCUGUAGCUUAUCCUCAUAACUAAAGAUGGUUUCUCUAGCAUUGUCUGUUGAUGUUAAAGACCUCAUGAAAUCAAAACCUUUCCAUCCGGAGGCCACUGAAAUGCUAGCACUCUAUAUGAUUUAUAAGAAGCAUAUAAAGAUAUAUUUCAGAUGUUCAGCCUUUGAAAAUGAAAUAAAAUACUGAUGACAUUUUCUGUUUUUUUUUUUUUAAAUUGGCAGAUUAAAUGCUCUCUAUAAUGAGAAAGUCUCGUUUGACAACUAGUUUGGCUGGUUAGUGUCAAUAGUUAGCCCAUGCUGGUAGAUAAUGUAACUACACCAUGCUUAUGCAAAGGUACAUCUCCAUUAAAAUGUAGCCAUGUGUACUUAUGAAAUCAUAUUUUUUUAAGAAACAAAUAAAUCACAAAAAAAUAUCUUAUUGAUUUUAUUUAUUUAUUUAUUUUGUAAAUAUGUAUUUAUUUUUGAGUGCUUUCUUCUCUUCAGUCUUUAGUCAUGGCAUUGUUUUUGUAAAACCAUUUCAUGAGGUCUUUAAAGUGUGAAAUAAUAGCAGAAAACCUUUUGUUUUGAAAUCCAAGUGGUUCAGGACCUAUGCAAUUUACAGCUGAGACGUAGAAAAGCUCUAUGGUAACUAAACAGUACAUACCCUACCACCCAAGUUUAGACACGUUCAACUGCCCGAGGUUUUUCUCAGAAUUACAUUCACUCCACUGCCAAAAUACUUGGCAGAUCUCCCUGCCACUAUGUUUGCUGUUACGCUGGCCGAAUGAGAUGUAGGCCUCUGGCCAUCGAGGCCAUGCAAAUUCUCUCCGAAAACUUCGAAGGCCUCUCAGUGAGGCAAUACUGCCAUAUCCAAGAACGUGGUGUGCCAUUCACUCCACCCUUUCCAAAUGCAAGACUUCCUAACCUAAUAACACUUUGACUUCCCCUGCCCAGAGCUUCAACGAGCAAGGACUGGGGUUUGAACAUAUGCUAAGCCAUGCUACCUGCUUUCACUAGUUUUAAGGAAAUGUUUAGAGAAAGCAGAGAAGUGUCUCACAGAUUUGAAAAAGUGAGCGACAUAUUGCAGCCAUUACGUUUACGUUCAGCCUUAAUUGACAGGACAUGUUUGUUGGUCUCUAGAAAAGACAUGAAUUGUGUCAAGAAUGUGAUAAGUCACUUAAAGUAAUCAUGAAACUGUUCACAACCCAUUUUACUUGUAUAAUGAGGAAAAAAAUGUAUGAAAUGUACGAAAAGGACAUGAAAGAGGGAUUUGAAAGUGAAAGUAAAAAAAAUCGCGUUGACUUAUUUGUAGUAGUUUAAGGCGUUUAUUCACACAUAAAAUUAUUUUGCAUCCAUUCCUUCAUUGUUUUUUCAAAGAAAAGCAUUUUAGAAUCACAAUGGAUUGUUUGUCCUCCUCUCACCGAUCGCAUUCUGUUGUAAUGACUGUAUAUCCUAACAUAUGCCACUCUGAGGAUGCUUAUCAAUCGCCUCAGGAAAACAGACUUUCUCAGUGUUUUUUUUUUUUUUUCUUUUCCGAGUGUGUUGUUGAAUGCAUGCAGAAGCCCUUUUAUAUUGGAUGUCCAUGCAAAGGAUGUAAGGUAUGCAGUAAUUGAACAAGCCCUUUUACACUGCCAGGGCUACAAAUCGUCUUUGAGACGAAGGAAUUCUUAAUAAGAUGUCGGAAUUUUAGUAAGCGUUUAAUAGCAAACUGAUGCUCUCAAAGUAUCAUAUUUAUUAGCAUCUCCAUAGCUGCCUCGUUCUGUCUAAAAUUGCGAAUAUAUUGUUUUUAAAUAUAUUCACUACGACAGUCGGUCUGUACAUUUGUAAUACUCUAGAAAUUUCGAAUACUUUUAACGCCUAUAUAUAUACGAACACAGCUUUGUGACGAUACUUUCAAAAAAACGCUGCUUUCAUUGUUGUCUUAACACAAGCUAUAGCUUUAUAAAACACCUCCGCCAUGUAACGCAGUUUCUUAAUAUUUGACGAAUUCACCGCUGCAAUUAUAUCCUUUAAUCCUUAUCCAAAUCUAGAUGUAUUGUAGUAUUAGUAUACUUCAUAUACGUUAAGCACAAACACUGAGAGAAAAAAAGAAGAACCUCUAAAUGUAAUUGUCAUAGAAGCUUUGCCUAUUGAUUACUGCGGUAUAUAAAUGUAUCAGCAAUCAAACCAAGCCUUUAUAUCUAAUCAAUAUUCAACUGAAUGUCAUUGCAGGCUUUACUGUUCACACUCAGGCAUGAUUUAUCGAUUAAAAAAAAACAAACAAAAAAAACAUAAGCCCUCAUUUGCUAUAAACAUGUACAUGCAAUAUGGAAAUACAGUGUAUAUAUAAAUAAGGACGGGUGGACGAAUGAACAAACAGAUAGAUGAACAGACCAAGAUUGAGAGGAGCGGAUGUGAUGCAGAAAACGAUCAUAACGGAGGUGUUUCGGCGUUGAUGGAGGUGGGAGCUAUGUGCUAGCUUCUCAUCUUGUUUUGAAGUGAAAGGCCUUGUUCACACUGUGCAUUAAUCCGAUUUGUUUUCCAAAUCCAUUUUUGGACUGACGUCUUUGCUGCAAUUUUGACUGGAUCUGUUUGUUAAAACAUACCUUGUUUUUCCGUAAGAGUGGGUGCGGCAAUUUAUUAAUUUAUGGGUCUGGGCUUCCGGUCUCAUCUGCAUCAAGCUAGUUUUAGCUGUUAAAAAAUAACAGCUGGUUUUGUAGCUUGAAAUCGCAAAUAGGUGUAUCUUACCAUGUUAUUUUAAUGUAUUAUCUUAAUUAUGAACACACUGGUUUGUAGUGCAAACAUUUUUUACCUUUUACUGCAAGUUGUUAUUCUUCUCAUUCCCUUUAGCGGCUAAUGAACCAGAAGUCUCGCUUAAAGGCUUACUUGCGCGUUAAAAGAAUAAAGUGUAUAGCAUCACUCAUUAUUUUAUCCAUCUUUUCAUUAAUUUAUUGUGUAGCAUAUAGUGAAUUCUCCAUAGUUCACAUUUUGCCUGUGAUAUUAUAAAUAGCUUACAUGCUGCACCCUGAAUUAUGAAAAAAAAACAUAGCUUUGAAAUCCAAUCUAUUCAUGCCCUUGUGAAAAAAAAGUGUUUAAUUGUAUUAAAUGUGCACCAAAUGUGUAUAUUUUUACAAGACUACACUUGCAGAGGUAAUAUCUGAACCUGUAGAUAUGAUUAAUAUUACUGAUGUAUGCACUCACAGAAAUAAAUAGUAAUAUCAAUUAAAUAAAAGCAAGUGUUCUUAAAGAAAGUACAGUAUCAUGAUUGUGUUUCUUAACACAGUUUUAAUGUGCACUUUGUAAUAAUAUCAAAUUAAAUACAAUUUGAAAAUGAAAUGAAAAUACAUUUUAAAUAAUUGUUUUAAUUGUUGUGUUAAAGUGCACUUUUUUGAUUUCUUGACUAAUAUACUAAAGCUCACGGAAAGUAUUUGAUUAUAAUUUGAACUGUAGUAUGUUAUGUGAUAUUUAUGUAAAGUUAAUAUAUUUUAAAUAUACUAAAUUUUCAUUGUUAUCAUUACAAAUGUAAUUACAAAUAUAUUUAAAUAAACAACAUACAACAAAUAAUUUCAAUAGUAAACUUUAACCAUAUUUUAAAGUUGACAGAUUUAUAAACUUAUUAUUGCUGGGCAAUGAUUAAUCACGAUUAAUCGCAUCCAAAAUAAAAGUUGUGUGUGUACUGUGUAUAUUUAUUGUGUGUGUGUGUGUAUAUAUAUAUAUAUAUAUAUAAAUAUA